AUGCCGACUCCACCGGAUGUAACAAGGAUUUACAGGCACAUAGAUUCUCGUAAAAAAUGCUACGUCGACGAAUUGAGGGAAAUCGUGAAAAUUCCAAGUAUCAGCUCAGAUCCAACAGCAGCUAAUCACUUAAAAAAACUGAUAAAAUGGACGACAAGUAGAUUAAAAAACCUGGGCUUUAACCUCGUUUUGAAGACACCGGAUUACAAAACAUACAAGGGUAACAAACCAAACGUCAUAGUAGGAAUCCUUGGAAAAGACCCAAAGAAGAAGACCCUCUUGUACUAUUGUCACCUGGACGUUUUGAAGGUCCAAAGGGCAGAAUGGAAAACGGAGCCCUUUCAAUUGACGGAAAAGGACGGAAAGCUCUACGGACGCGGUACGGCGAAGAUGAAGGGACCCUUUUUGUGUUUUAUCCAUGCCAUCGAGUGCUACCUAGAAUUGGGCAUCGAACUGCCGAUCAACAUAAAAAUAAUAUGCGAAUCGAUGUACGAGUGUCGGAGUAAGGGACUCCAGAGUAUUUUGGACGAGGUGAGGACGACCUUUCUGCCGAGUGUUGAUUGCGUCCUGAUGACCGAGAGCAAAUGGCUCGGUAAGGACUAUCCGUGCAUCAUCUACGGAACGCGAGGUGUUUGCUACUUCAAUUUGACGAUCGACGGACCGGGUAAGGAUCUUCACAGCGGGGAUUUCGGUGGUGUCGUGCGCGAGCCUAUGCAAGACCUGCUCUUUAUCCUCAACAAUCUGAUAGAUUCCCAAGGUCAUUUCAACAUUCCACAUUUCUUGGAUGAUAUCGUGCCAGUUACACCUGACGAAGAGGCAUUCUAUCACAAAAUUAAAAUGGAUGCCAAAGACUAUAGGAACAACGUCGGUGUGAUCAAGCUUGGCCACAACGAAGAGCUUAAACUGGUGCUGAUGCACGUCUGGAGAUAUCCUUGGUUCAAUCUACACUUCAUCAACAGUUCUUGCGAAGGUGCUAAUCUCCUCAACAUACCGAAACAAGUAUUUGUUCGAUUUUCCGUACGUACAGUGCCCAAUCAAAAGCAUGAAAAAAUUAAUAAGUUAAUAUUGAACUAUAUUAAAGAUUUAGCCAAACAAUCGCAAACGCCGAAUAAAGUCAGUAUUAAUGCAGAACACUUCAUGGACCCUUGGUACGAAGAUCGCCUGCAUUGGAAUUAUGAAGCGGCUAACAUAGCAACCAAACAGGUGUAUAAAGAGGAGGCUAGUUUCAUUCGUGAAGGCAACGGCUUUCCCACGCUGCUGAAAUUACGCGAUUCCAUGCCCAGUCGUAACAUCCUAAUGCUACCUAUUGUUAAUAGCGAGUCAAAAGCUCACAGCGAGGAAGAAAACAUAUCGUUGCAAUGCUAUAUUGAAGGCACCAAGCUUCUUGCAAACUACUUUUAUCAGUUGCGAGAAACUGCACGCAAGUACGAUGAAACUGCUUUGAUACGUCAGCACAGAAUCUGCCGAGAUAAGUUGUAA